AUGGGGUGGGUUGAAAAUACCAAUGCGGCCGUUGCCAGGAGCUUCGUGGGCAGAUAUUUCCAGCUCGAUGGCUCAGGUCAUCGCCGUGAACGCAAGGGCUCCUACUUCUUCACCGAAAUCCGCGCCGGCCUCGCUACCUUCUUUGCCAUGGCUUACAUCAUUGCUGUCAACUCCUCCAUCAUCGCCGACUCUGGCGGUACCUGCGUCUGCGAGUCCACCGAGGCCGAUCCCAUUUGCGAAGCCAACACCGCCUACCUCCUCUGCAAACAGGGUAUCCGUCGCGAUGCCGUCACCGCUACCGCUGCUAUUUGCGCCUUGGCUACCUUCUGCAUGGGUCUCUUUGCCAACAUGCCCGUUGGUGUUGCUCCCGGCAUGGGUCUCAAUGCUUAUUUCACUUACACUGUCGUUGGCUAUCACGGCACCGGUGCCGUCCCCUUCCGCGUCGCAUUGACCGCCAUCUUCAUUGAAGGCUGGAUUUUCUUCGGUCUUGCUCUCUUCGGUAUGCGCCAAUGGCUCGCCCGCGCCAUCCCUGCCUCCAUCAAGGUCGCUACCGGUGUUGGCAUUGGUCUCUUCCUGACCCUCAUCGGUCUAACCUACAGUGAGGGUAUCGGGCUGGUUGUCGGCGCUACCUCUACCCCCAUGGAGCUCGCUGGCUGCUCCCCCGCGAACAAGAACGACGACGGAACAUGUCCUGGCUGGGACAAGAUGCGAUACCCCUCCAUGUGGAUCGGUAUCUUCUGCGGCGGCAUUCUCACCGUCAUGCUGAUGCUGUACCGUGUGAAGGGUGCCAUUAUUGCUGGUAUCGUGCUCGUCAGCGUCAUCUCCUGGCCUCGUGGCACCCCCGUCACCUACUUCCCCUACACCCCCCUUGGUGACGACAACUUCGACUUCUUCAAGAAGGUUGUGGACUUCCAUCCCAUCGAGAACAUCCUGGCGGUUCAGGAAUGGAACAUCUCCGAAUACGGCGGCCAGUUCGGCCUCGCCCUCAUUACCUUCCUCUACGUCGAUAUCCUCGACUGCACUGGUACCCUUUAUGGAAUGGCCCGCUUCGCUGGACUCAUCGACCCCGUCACCCAGGACUUCGAGGGCUCUUCCAUCGCCUACAUGGUCGACGCCAUCUGCGUCUCCAUCGGCGCCAUCCUUGGUGUUCCCCCCGUCACUGCCUUCGUUGAGUCCGGCGCCGGCAUCUCCGAAGGUGGCAAGACCGGUCUCACCGCAAUGGUUGCCGGUCUCUGCUUCCUCAUCUCCGUCUUCUUCGCUCCCAUCUUCGCCUCCAUCCCGCCCUGGGCCACCGGCUGCGUGCUGAUCCUUGUCGGCUCCAUGAUGGUCUCCUCAGUCACCGAAGUCAACUGGAAGUACAUCGGCGACGCCAUCCCGUCUUUCCUUACCAUCGUUCUGAUGCCCUUCUGUUAUUCCAUCGCCGACGGCCUUAUUGGGGGCGUCUGCUCUUACAUCCUCAUCAACACCCUCGUCUGGCUGAUCCGCCUCGCCUCCGGCGGCAGGAUCGUCCCCGCCAACAUCGAGGACAAGGAGCCUUGGACCUGGCGCAUCCCAGGUGGCUUCUUCCCUCCCUGGCUCGUGCGCCUCUCCAAGGGUAAGAAGGACUUUUGGAAACAGGAAGACACCGAUACAGAGACCGUUGUGCAGACGGCCGAGGGCAAGGAGAAGGGCAGCGUGUCCGAUCAGGGCGCUGCACCUGAGCCUAGCCUCGCGGAUCAGAGCAGGUCCAAGGAGGUCCAGUAG